GGAAACCAUGGCUGUCCAUGCUGCAUGGCCUCCACUGGCCUGCUUGGCCAUGCUGGUGAUGGUGGUAGCCUUUAUCAUCCUCAAAUAUGGAGACCGAUUGUGCAAAGCACGCACAGUCCCCAAGCCCCAGAACUAUGAGAUUGAAGACCAGUCUUCGGAGAACACUACUUACAUGUUUGAUGAAAGGGAAAGCAUACGAGAGUAUGUGGAAAUCCCUGAGAUGAUUGCCGAACCAGAGAAGAAGGAGAAAUAUGAGAUUGCUGUGUGAUUGUGAAUGAGGUCACAGAAUGAUGAUGUGGGCGGGUUCAAGUCCUUGUCUUGAGUUUCUUCUUCUUCUUUUGUUAUAUGUUGAGUUCAUUCUUUUUGCUUAACUGUAAGGUUAAUUUACUUUUAUGCAUUCAUAAAUUUGAGUGUAAUCUCAAAAUUGUGUUUUUAAUGGGAGUGAACUUGUGAUAACAAACAGGUUCUCUGAAGCAUUAAUGUAUUUGCUACCAAGUAUGAAAGUUUUAUUUCAAUGUAUUUCAAGAUUAAGAUUAUUCUUGUUUUUAUUUUGCCAAAAAAAUUGCUGUGUUAAAUUUUAAAUGAAUAUUUACUUUAAUAUAUAUAUGCUUCUUAUGUUCUCCCAUCCCCAUCAUCAGUAAUGGCGUUAAUGAAGUGUGUAAUAGACAUAGCUAAUUAUAUCAUAACAACAUGCAUUUGUCGUAAGUAGCACAUAUUUCUGGUUUCUGCCAGUCAAAGAUGUAAAGAGAGGAAAGUAGCUAACUCAUACGAGCAGCUAACUCCUGCCCAAAACUCAGCAGCUAAUAUUCAGACAUUGUUCAUUUUUACAUAGCUCAUACUACUGCAAAGUUUGAUGCAAUGGCAGCUUGUAAAAUACUUUUACAGUUGAUGAAUUUUUAAUAGUUACUUCUUAUUAUUGUGUCACAUUUUUAUUACCAUAAUUGUUUUAAAUGCCAUUGUGUCAAAAUGGUUUUAGCAUAAGAUUUUAUACCCAUACAUACAAUAUAUGUAAGAAGAUUACUUUGUUUAUGGACCAGUAUUUUCUUUUGAUUAUCUUGGUCUGUUGAUUUUAAAUUAGUGGUGUCUUUCAUGUACAUUUCAGCUUUUUGAAAGAGUAACUCGAUUCUUUUAUACAAAGUUGAUUUAUUUUUUCAAGUUCUAAAUAGUGAGAGGGCCAUUGUAUAUUUUAUUAAGGAUAUUGUACAGCACAAGAAUUCCUUCCUGUUAAUGUUUUUUUUUUUUUUUUUUUUUUUUUUUUUUUUUUUUUUUUUUUUUUUUUUUUAUAUAUAAAGAAACAAAUGCUCACAGAAUCUCAAAAAACAGUCCUACAAAGAAGCCCAACUGUACCUGGAACGUAUUCCGUCCAAAGUUGCAUUGCUUGUGCCUGUGUUGAGGAGAAGAGACAAGUUAUCUGCAUUCUCGACUACUUCUUGCAGUUCAACAUGAUAAGAUGACCACUCAUAGGCAUGUCAUGAAUCUCGUUAGGAUUUCCGACACAGCAAUAUUAAGUCUUCUUUAGAUUACAGGGACCUUGUUUGUUCCUUGUCUAUUUUUCUUACUGGAGUUACAAAAAUGGUAAUAAAUAGUUGUAAUUA